UACAGAGCGAAUGCUAUCUUUCAAGUUAUUUGCGCUUCGAAGGUUAGUUCUCCGCGCAUGCGCUCGCCGCGCUCUCACAUCGUACACUUCCGGCCGGUGUACACUCGUGCCAGCAGUUCCCUUUCUUUCUAAACAAUCAAGAUGGUGAACGUUCCCAAGCAGAGACGCACCUUCUGCAAGAAGUGCAAGGUGCAUAAGACUCACAAAGUCACACAAUACAAAAAAAGCAAAGAAAGGCACGCUGCUCAGGGUCGUAGACGUUAUGACCGUAAACAACAAGGAUUUGGUGGACAAACUAAGCCCAUUUUCAGAAAGAAGGCUAAGACCACCAAAAAAAUUGUAUUGAGGAUGGAAUGCACCGAAUGCAAAUACAGGAAACAGAUACCUCUGAAGCGUUGCAAGCACUUCGAACUUGGCGGUGACAAAAAGAGGAAGGGGCAGAUGAUUCAAUUCUAAAAUUCUCUAAACCAUCUCUGAGAAAUUUGUAUUGAAGAAAAAAAAGUAAAAUGAACCUUCAUGAAAUAAAGAACAUCUUGUUUCAUGAACA